CAUAAUUUCUAAACUGUUUCCAACAUGCUCCAGAUGUGUGUGUUGCUCUGUUUGCUGUCAGUUGUCAUACCCCAGUCAACAAAUUCCUCAUCCAAGAAAGGUCGCAACAUCACCAUCCACUCCUCCCAGCUGGUUUGCAGUCUGCCAGGUCCAGUGGGGCCUGAGGGGACCCCAGGAGCCCAUGGAUCCCCAGGGGUCAUGGGACCCAUGGGGCCGCCGGGGAAGGAUGGGCCGGAUGGGAAGGAUGGGGAAAAGGGAGAAAAGGGAGAUGGAGGGGAUGCAGGAAGGACUGGGAACCCAGGAAAACCUGGUGUAAAAGGCCGUGAAGGUUUUAUCGGCAAGGCCGGACCCCGGGGGCUGAAGGGGCUUCGUGGAACGCCAGGGCUGGCUGGAAAACGGGGACCAAAGGGAGUGCUGGGUGACGUGGGCCAGGAAGGGGCCCCUGGCGGCUGCAACUGUAAUAGAGCGGCCCGCUCAGCCUUCUCCGUGGCCAUGACUAAGAGCUACCCUAAAGAACGAAUGCCCAUCCGCUUCAGCAGGAUCCUGCUAAAUGAAGGAAAUCACUACAAUGUCAGCAGUGGGAAAUUUGUCUGCAUUAUCCCUGGAGUCUAUUAUUUCACUUAUGAUAUCACUUUGGCAAAUAAACACCUGGCCAUCGGGCUGGUGCACAACGGAAAGUACAAGAUCAAGACUUUUGAUGCAAACACAGGAAACCACGAUGUGGCAUCUGGCUCUACUGUUCUCCACCUGCAGCAGGGACACCAGGUCUGGCUGCAGAUCUUCUACUCGGGACAGAACGGACUCUUCUUUGACCCUUUCUGGACAGACAGCACCUUCACUGGCUUCCUAAUCUACCCGGACCAGGACUUUCUCAAUGAAGCUGACAGCAAAGCAAAUGCUAAGGAUGACAGUUAA